AACAACCUAAUAUAUAAUCACACUUUGCUCGACCACGACUGGGGAUGUCAUUGUUUUUAGGGUUUGCGCUUCGACGUUCUUAAACCCUAAUAGCAAGAGAUAACCAGAUCUUAUCGUGCAAAAAUGGCUCCAAAGAGAGGUGUAAAAGUUCCAGCUGCAGCAGCGAAGAAGAAGCCGGAGAAGGUGGUGAACCCUUUAUUUGAGAAACGUCCGAAGCAGUUUGGAAUUGGAGGGGCGUUGCCUCCUAAGAAGGAUCUGCACCGAUUUGUGAAGUGGCCACAAGUUGUUCGGAUUCAGAGGAAAAGAAGGAUCCUGAAGCAGCGUUUGAAGGUCCCACCAACCUUGAAUCAGUUCACCAAGACACUUGACAAGAACCUUGCAACAAGUCUGUUCAAGAUGCUUCUCAAAUACAGGCCUGAAGACAAAGCAGCAAAAAAGGAGCGCCUCUUGAAAAGGGCUCAGGCUGAGACUGAAGGCAAAACUGUCGAGGCUAAGAAGCCUAUUGUUGUGAAGUAUGGUCUAAACCAUGUCACCUACCUCAUUGAGCAGAACAAAGCACAGUUGGUAGUUAUUGCUCAUGAUGUGGACCCAAUAGAGUUGGUCGUCUGGCUCCCUGCAUUGUGCAGAAAGAUGGAAAUUCCAUACUGCAUUGUGAAAGGAAAAUCACGAUUAGGAACGAUUGUCCAUCAGAAAACUGCGGCUGCUUUGUGCUUGACCACUGUCAAGAAUGAAGAUAAAUUGGAGUUCAGCAAAAUCUUAGAGGCCAUCAAGGCCAACUUCAAUGACAAGUACGAUGAAUACAGGAAGAAGUGGGGUGGUGGUAUCAUGGGCUCCAAAUCUCAAGCAAAAACCAAGGCCAAAGAGAGGCUUCUGGCCAAGGAGGCUGCUCAGAGAAUGAACUAGGAGAGUUUACUCUAUAUUUCCUGCAUAUUAGGACAGGGCUUUUUGGGUACCACCUCUAUGUCCCAGGAUUUUUGCUUGUGUCAAACUUAUCCAGAAGAUUUACUGAUUUUCAAUGCACUGGCUUAAAGUUGUUACAUCUAGUUGUAUUAAGACAUCUUGUUGCAUAAAAUUAAACUUAAUGCGCUGUUUGAUUUGGUACAA